UACUGAACGAUGUGGAAAGUAAAAUGUCAAAAAAGAAAGUGAACAAACAAUCAUCUUGAAUUUUAAUGUCACUGAUACUAUUUACAUAUAGCUUCUGGAGAUUUCCACUCAGAAGAGAGACGUCCUUCAGCCCUGUGACUCUGAUCCAUCAUGAUGACGGCCAAGGGGUGUCCUAUGAUGCUGGUUCUGGUUUUGCUGUUUGCUUGCUGGAUUCUGUCAGUUAAGGUUGAUGCAGCUGAGAAAGGUGACAUGGAAGUCGGUGAUGUGAAGAUAUUCGUGGAAAAUGAGUCACUUCUCGAUCGACAAAAGCGGUGGCCAUUACCAGAGCCUGGACAGCGGAUUAAACCAGGACCUAAAUGCAGGCGUGUACGGCUGAAGAAAUGCACUCUUUGGGACUGGACGCGCGUGAAGAGAGGGUCAGGAUUGUUGAGACGUAUGGGGUAUAACAAUGUGAGGUUCUGCCGCAGAUUCAAAUGGGUUUCUGUGUCUACAUGUGAUGUAUACUAGAUGAUAUUGCUACAGUAACAGUAUGCUAAGUAACAUCUGAUCAUCUGAUCUCCCAACGACCUGUUAAAUGUUAGCGCUGCAAGAAAAAAUAUAUGAUAUACUUUCAGUUGCCAGGAAAAUGGCUCUAUGUGAUUCUUUGUAUAUUAUGAGUGAUAAAGAAUGUGAAGGUAUGAUCAAAAGAAUCUAACAUAAGCUGGUAUGUUAAGUUUUGGUUCACAAUUAGAUGAAGAUAAUGUUGCCCUGUAUGGUUCUAAAAUAAAGCAAAACGCUUCUUCUUAACGCAGUAAUGUUUAUUUUUAGAGUCUGGGAUAAGCUGAAUAAAGACAGAAAAUGUCCGCCA